GAUAUUUUCUCGAUAAUCAAUUUGAGAAUAUCGUUCUUCCGUGAGCCUAUACAGGUGAGCCCCGCUUCUUUUCUGUCUUAGAUUUCCUUCUCUUUCAUUCCUUUUUGUUUAUUUUUUCGUUCUUUUUUACGUUCGCUUGUUAUAGAGAAACCAUUUUACUUGAACUUAUGCAAUGUUUUACUGGCAAAUACAACUCUGUUCUCUGUAAAAGAAAAAGAAGGGGGAAAUCUGUUAUAAACGCCUUGAACUUUCACCCUAUAGCGUAGCUAUCGAGUCUUUUGGGGGUUUGAAGAGCUGGAGUGGAUAAUCCGGGAGAGUCAACUCAGGCCCAUUUGGAUGCAUCGGUUGAGCUCCCUUUAUUUUUAGUAAUCUUGUAGGGUUUUGGGGCGGAUAUUUUAGAAAAAUUGUUGCGGAUACAUAUGCAAGAAUGUUUGGGAAGUUCCAGCUGUUGAAUACCAGCUGUUUUCACACUCUGGGUUCCACAAGGUCUACUACCAAUUUUGGAGUUCCAGUAGAGCCAUUCGAUAGAGUUAAACCUGUUAAGAAGCGGAGAGAACCGACAUUGCUUGUAGGUCGAAAUGUAGUUCACAAGGAAACCAGUAUAAUUUAUAGAAAAGACCAGAAUGAUAGAAGAGAUGAUGCACUUAGUCCCAGUCCAGGGCAUAGCAGUUCUGUAGACAAAAAUAGAGGGAAGAGUAAGAAUAAUGGGGUACCUGAAAGGAAGAACGAUGGUGCGGUUAAAUUCAGUUCUGGGUGGAGGAAUUCUUCAGUUGGGAAGAUGGAGACAAAGCCUUCAGCAAAAUGGACUUCUUAUGGAGGACGCAUCCCGGCAAUCUUGCAAGCACUGGAAGCAGUUGACAAUCUGGAUGAGGCUUUGAAGCCGUGGGAGGACAGCCUCAACAACAAAGAGAGAAGCAUAAUUCUCAAGGAGCAGUCAAGUUGGGAAAGAGCUCUUGAAAUCUUUGAAUGGCUCAAGAGGAAGGGUUGCUAUGAACUGAAUGUGAUUCACUACAAUAUCAUGCUCCGGAUUCUUGGAAAAGCACAGAGAUGGAACCACUUGGAGAGCCUCUGGGGUGAGAUGGAGGACAAACGAAUAAUGCCCACAAAUUCUACUUAUGGUACCUUAAUUGAUGUUUAUGCUAAAGGUGGCCUUAGGGAAGAGGCUCUUCUUUGGCUGGAACGGAUGAAGCAGCAAGGUAUGGAACCUGAUGAGGUAACAAUGGGUAUUGUCGUUCACACUUACAAGAAGGGAGGGGAAUUUGAAAAGGCUGAACAAUUCUUUAAGGAGUGGUCAUCAGGUAAAUUGGGUAAGAAUGGAGGAAGAGUUACUUCUACCAUAAAUGGUACUUCUCACCCUCACAUGCCUUUCAGUUCAUACACAUAUAAUACCUUGAUUGACACAUAUGGGAAGGCUGGCCAACUUCAGGAAGCAUCAGAAACAUUCGCUCAGAUGCUGAAAGAAGGGAUUCUCCCCAACACCGUAACUUUUAAUACAAUGAUUCACAUUUAUGGGAACAAUGGACAACUGCAAGAGGUGGCUUCCUUGAUGCAAAAGAUGGAAGAACUUCGGUGCCUGCCUGAUACGAGAACAUAUAACAUCCUUAUUUCUCUCUAUGCAAAAAAUGAUGACAUUAACACGGCAGUCAGCUAUUUUACAAAGAUGAAGGAGGCUUUCCUUGAACCAGACUUUGUGAGUUACCGCACCCUCCUAUAUGCAUUCUCAAUAAGGCAUAUGGUUGGAGAAGCUGAAGCUCUUGUCUCAGAGAUGGACAAGCAGGGUCUUGAUAUAGAUGAGUUUACUCAAUCAUCUCUAACUAGAAUGUACAUAGAGGCUGGGAUGCUCAACAAGUCUUGGUCUUGGUUUGAGAGGUUUCAUUUCACAGGGAAGAUGAGUUCUGAGUGCUAUUCUGCCCACAUUGAUGCCUAUGGAGAGAGGGGCUACAUUUUGGAAGCUGAAAAUGUUUUUCUAUGUUGCCAAAAUGAGAAGAAAUUAACUACUCUUGAGUUCAAUGUGAUGAUCAAGGCUUAUGGGAUAAGCAAGCAAUAUGAUAAAGCAUGCCAUCUCUUUGAUAGUAUGGAGAAUCAUGGUGUUUUACCUGACAAAUGCAGUUAUAAUUGUUUAAUACAAAUCUUAUCCAGUGCUGAUCUUCCACACAUAGCAAAACCUUAUGUCAGGAAGAUGCAAGAGAAGGGAUUAGUAAGUGUCUGUGUUCCAUACUGUGCAAUAAUUUCAAGCUUUGUCAAGAUUGGUCAGUUGGAAAUGGCAGAGGGACUAUUUAAAGAGAUGCUUGCCUUUGGUAUUCAACCUGAUAUUGUUGUUUUUGGUAUCCUGAUAAAUGCCUUUGCUGAUGCUGGAUGUGUUAAAGAAGCCAUGAGAUAUGUCAAUGCAAUGAGAAGUGCUGGCUUCCCUGGCAAUCCCAUUAUCUAUAAUUCCAUGAUUAAGCUCUAUUCCAAGGUUGGAUAUUUGCAAGAAGCGGAGGAAACAUACAAGCUACUUCAAUCAUUUGAGGCAGGUCCUGAGUCUCCUGAUGUGUACCCAUCAAAUUGUAUGAUCUAUCUCUACAGUGAACGUUUGAUGGUUAAACAGGCUGAAGAAAUAUUUGAAGACUUGAAGCAGAGAGGAGUUGCAAAUGAGUUCUCAUUUGCAAUGAUUUUGUGUAUGUACAAAAGACUAGGAAGAUUUGAGGAAGCAAUUCAGAUUGCACGCAAGAUGCAACAUCUAGGACUGCUAACCAAUGUUUUGAGUUAUAACCAUAUAAUUGGUUUAUUUGCAUCAGUUGGAAGAUUGAAGGAAGCAGUAGAAACUUUUCAGGAGAUGAUGAAAUCAGGCAUCCAGCCUGAUGAUUAUACCUUCAAAUUACUCGGUAGUGUUUUGGUCAAAUGUGGGGUGUCAAAGGGAGCUAUUAGUAAGCUGGAAGAGACAAGGGUGACGGAUGGCCACCAUGGUUUGCGUGCAUGGAUGACAACUCUCUACUCUAUGGUACUGAUAGAUGAAGGAAGCAAUAGAAACUUUUCAAAAGAUGAUUAAAUGAGGCUGAUUCUACUUUCAAUUUACUUGGUCAUGUUUUGGUCAAAUGUGGGGUGUCAAAGGAAACUCGUAGUAAUCUUGAAAGACCAGGGUGAAGGAUGGACAGAAUGGUUUGCAUGCAUGGAUGUUUACUCGCUGCUCUAUGGUACUGAUGGAUGACAAUGUCUGCAGGUCAUGCAGUGAAACUAAAUGUGCUCUGAAUUCCCUUUCUGAGGAAUUGUUUUGAUAUGGUGUUGGUUAAAUAGAGCUCAGACAGUAGUCUCAUGGAUGAAGUUUUGGUUAACUGAUUGAACUUUUAACUGCCUAUUCCAGACUGCAAGUUUCUAAUAGGUUGCAGAGAGGCUCAGUAUUAUGGCAGACUAUGUAAACUUCAUUCUGGUCUGUCCAUAAGAGAAAGGUACUUGUAUUUUGUAAUUCCCUUUGCGUGGGAAGUGUAUAUAGUAUAAAUAAUUUAACUAUGUCUAAACGUAUUGAUUUUCUCUAGUUAAUUGUCAAUAGCAUUAUUUCUCUACCAAUAAAAAAGCAUUUACUUUGCUAAUUUUGUUA